UUUGUUUUUAGAUUAAUUAAUGGAAUUAUCGAGUUUGACAAAAAAAUUGCACCACUUUCAUCACAUUUGUUGAUCCCUCGACGUUCAUGGAAAAAAAUACAAUGGUCUACGAUUUUUAUUUCAUUAUUUGCAUACUUUAUUGGAUUUAAAAUUGUACAGUUAUAUUUUGGUCCCAUGCAGAUUAUAAGUAUUGAAUUACUGAUACACCAUGUAUUAUUCACUAUACCUUUUAUUAUGGAUUAUGUAGUUGUGAUAUCUUCGUGUUUCUUUCUUCAAAAUAUGUAUGUCAGAUUCCAGACGUUAAACGAUCUUUGGAAAUGUCUACCUGCCGACUUAGUCCCCGUCUCCGACCAAUGGACACACAUCGAAAUUGUGGUUUUAAUGGAAAACACGCGGUUGUUACACGCUGAACUCUGCAAUUUGUUAAACAUGUUUACUCUAGGUUACGGUCCAAUGCUUUUGGGUUUCUUCAUAUUCAGCUUUAUCAAUAUGAUCUGCAGUAUUUAUUUAGUUCUCAUUUUUGGUGCAAUAUACAAGCCAGAUGUAAUUAAAAACAUAUUAACGCUGGCAAUGUACGUACAAAGCGUCACGUUUUUGAUGUCUAUUAUCACAUUCGUUUCAUUCAUAAACGAGAAGAGAUUGGAGAUUAUAUCAUAUCUACGAUUAUACCGAAUUUCAAAUUUGCACUUGGACAUAAAACGACAAAUUAAAAUGUUUAUGAAUCAAAUAUCAGUUUGCCAUUCGGACCAAAUUUCGGCAUUUGGAUUUUUUGAUAUAAAUUUAAAUCUCGUUACAUCUGUACUUGUAUUAUUGAUUAGUGGAACUAUCACAAUGAUACAAAUGAAAGAUCACCCAAUGAUAUUGAAACUAAACAAUGACACAUAUUCUUUUUUUCAAACAUUUGUGAUCAGAAAAUAUGACAUGGAGUGUGUUGUGAAUGCAGAUACCUACGUAGAUCACCAUCGGGCAUAAAUAAUUCAUACAAGAUGGACCAGAUAACAAUUAACAGACAUACAUACUGACAAAGCCACUUCUAAAAUAUCGUUCUAAAAAGCUUCGAUAAGCAAUAGUGCUAGACAAAUUAAAUAUUAUUUUGUAAUUUUAAAUACAUUAUUAAUCAAGGAGUUGUAUUGAAAAUGCAAUUAAUAAUUUAUAAUAUAGAAUAAAAUAACCCUAUAACUGUAAACCUACAUACAUUAGUAGUAUACUAGUAUACACCUAUCAUUUAAAGUUUUACUUUAAUUGCCAAGGUUAUACUUAUCUUCGUA